AUCAUGAAUUGGUGUGAAUAAUGGCUGGUACUGUGGACGCUCAAGAGCACGUGGCAAAACCACGCCGUCCGAAUAUAUUCCGAGUGUUACGAAGGACGGGAUACGGGAAAUGUCUUGUUUGUUCGUUGCUUCUGAUACUUUGUUUCUUUUAUGCAACAUUUUGUCAUGUCAAACAUGAAGCUUAUUCCGGAAGUCAACCAUUGCUCAUAUAUCAACACGGACCAUGUGCACAAGGAUAUAACUUUGUUCCAAUUGUAUUUGGUCUUAUGCUAUAUAUAGUAUACUUGAUGGAGUGUUGGCACAGUCGAACAAAAAUAAUAAAUAUGAAAAAAGUUCGUGUUGAAGAUGCUCUUGACUAUAUAACUGCUCUACGAACAUCUCCACCAAUUGUAUGGUGGAAAAGUGUUUGUUAUCACUAUACGAGGAAGACAAGACAGGUUACAAGAUACCGGAAUGGUGAUGCUGUUUCGGCUACACAAGUAUAUUAUGAGAGAAUGAAUUCACAUCAAGCUGGAAGUAUGUUCAUAUAUGAUACUUGCGGAUUUAGGGACAUUUCAAAAUCAAUAUUAGAAGUUGAAAAGUUCCACGUCACACGAAUUCGUCUUUCGCGAAGUUUUGUAUUUGCGAACAUGCAGGCUGCAACUGAGUUCGAGCAACAAAGAUCCAGAUUUUUCAAUGAUAACGAGACAAAAGAUGAUUAUAUGGAAGUACGAGAAGGAAUGGAUUUAUCGGAUGUUGGAUUUGUAGAGGAAAUACUUGCCUUCAAUAAGCCUACACCACCAUGGUUCCUACAUCCCAUUGUUUUUUGGUUUUUCUCAAUUUUCGUGUUAUCAUGGCCAUUGAGAAUCUAUACAGAAUGGAGGACAGCGGUGCUAUCGUUUCAAGUGAUUAAGCUUUUCGGAACCAAUUAUUUGAGUCCGAAUUCGGUCAACUACACGGGGCCAUUAACCAGAACAUCAACUAUGGAUACUGUUGAGUUGGAGGCAUUGUUGAGGAGAGAACAACAUUUCGUUGUACCAUCGUACAGUGAAGUUAUGCUCAUGCAAAAUACGAUUGCUAAUUCAAAUACCAAUUAUCCAAAUAUUCGAUGCCUGGACCCUGUGAUUCUUCCACGACCAUUCGUGAGUACAACUAACGAACAUAUCGUACUUCGGAACUAUGGAGCAACAGAAACCGACAAUUCACUAUCUGAGCCCAUUACAGCAACGCCGAGACCUCUUAGAGUUAGCCGAAGUAUGACAUUUGCUGCUCAAGGAAAUCUCGAAGAAUCAGCUGAGAAUCUGAGUUGUUUAGAAAACGGAAGUAGAGCAAAUCGUGCUAUUCCAUCGAGUCGGCGGAAUUUGCCGUUACGUUCGUUAUCGAUAGGUGGUAUUUCUGCUUGGUCCAAUGGUUACAGAGAAAUUGGAAAUCCUGAUGAUUCACAACUACUCAUUGAACCAGAUGAACCACCUCCACCAUAUGAGGUUGCUCUCAGAAUGUGUGCUCCAUUAUAUGAACGCCUACGACGAUCAAUAUCUUCACGAUUGGCUUCAAUUUCUCACUCGAGCUCGAAGGAUUUGAAGUCGCUAACUUUGAAAAGUAGUUCUAGUAACAAUAAUAACAAUAAUUCAAACAACAAUAAUAACGAUGAUCCAGAACAUCCAUAAAAUCGGGUAUUUUUUCACAUGCGGACCAAUUUUAAGAAUUGUUAAACGUUGGUGCUUGAAAUAAAUAAUUUUUCUG